AUGUCGGGCUUUGUUCACAAAGUCAAUGGCGCGGUCGCGCGCUCCGCCGUCGGACGGUACUUUCGCCUCGAGGGAUCAGGGCAUCCCAAAGAGCGCAAGGGGAGCUACUUCUUCACUGAGUUCCGCGCGGGACUAGCCACCUUCUUCGCCAUGGCUUAUAUCAUCUCUGUUAACUCAUCCAUCGUGUCAGACACUGGUGGUACUUGCGUGUGCCCAGGCCUCCCGGACGACCCCAUUUGCGAGACCAACCCACAGUACGCCCUCUGUGUCCAGGAAGUCAGACGUGAUCUGGUUACCGCGACGGCUGCCAUCUCCGCUUUGACUACUUUCUGCAUGGGCUUGUUCGCCAAUCUGCCCAUUGCCCUGGCUCCGGGUAUGGGGCUGAACGCUUACUUUGCGUACACCGUAGUUGGUUUCCAUGGUACAGGCAUGGUCCCCUACGAGGUCGCUCUUACUGCCGUAUUCGUCGAGGGUUUUGUCUUUGUUGGUCUUACUAUGCUGGGUAUCCGACAAUGGCUUGCACGAGCUAUUCCUGCUAGUAUCAAGCUUGCCACCGGUGUCGGUAUCGGACUGUACCUGACUAUCAUUGGUCUCGCCUACUCCGCUGGUAUCGGUCUCAUCACCGGUGCUCAAUCGACCCCUCUCGAACUCGCCGGUUGCGUUGCUGCAGACCAGGUUGAUGGCGUCUGCCCAGGAAGUGUCAAGAUGAGGAGCCCAACCAUGUGGAUCGGUAUCUUCUGUGGCGGUGUCUUGACCGUCAUGCUUAUGCUGUACCGCGUCAAGGGUGCCAUCAUCAUCGGCAUUCUCCUCGUUUCCAUCAUCUCGUGGCCUCGCCCAACAAGCGUCACCUACUUCCCAUACACCGAGACUGGCAACUCCGCUUUCGAUUUCUUCAAGCAGGUCGUUACUUUCCACCCGAUUGGCAAGAUUCUUGCUGUUCAGCAGUGGAACAUCUCGGAGCACGCUGGUCAAUGGGGUCUAGCUUUCAUUACCUUCCUCUACGUCGAUAUUCUGGACUGCACUGGUACCCUCUACUCCAUGGCUCGUUUCUGCGGUGUUAUCGACGAGCGCACCCAGGACUUCGAAAACUCCUCCAUCGCCUACUCCGUCGACGCUCUCGGUAUCAGUAUCGGAUCGCUUAUGGGAUGCCCUCCAGUCACCGCCUACAUCGAAUCCGGUGCCGGUAUCUCUGAAGGAGGCAAGACCGGUCUUACCGCCAUGUUCUCUGGUAUCUGCUUCUUCAUCGCCAUCUUCUUCGCUCCGAUCUUCGCAUCCAUCCCUCCCUGGGCUACCGGCUGUACCCUGGUCAUUGUCGGUUCACUCAUGGCAACCUCGGCCAAGGACAUCAACUGGCGCUACCUCGGCGAUUCCAUCCCCGCUUUCCUCACCAUCGCAGUGAUGCCCUUCACAUACUCCAUCGCCUACGGUCUGAUCGCCGGUAUCUGCUCGUACAUUCUCAUCAACGGCACCGUCUGGCUCGUCGAGCUGACUUCUGGUGGUCGCAUUGUACCUCCCAACAAGGACGAGAAAGAGCACUGGACCUGGCGUCUCGAGGGCGGCCUCCUUCCCCCGUGGGUUAAGAGGCUCGCCAGCGGAAAGAAGGACUUCUGGAGAUCUGACCCGGAGACUAUGGGUGUCUCAGAGCCGCAUAGCGGAGGCAGCUCGGCUCACGAUGACAAGGAGUUCGUCACCGAUAAGCGUGCGUCGUAG